CCGAUUUCUCUCUUGAAAACAAAGCGUGUCUUUUUCGGUCACGAACGACAAGGAUGACAAACGUUGAAGAGAAAGAGCAGGGAGUGUUCGUGGUGCCCGACCUCACCAUCAAGCAGCUGCUGGACGCCAUCCCAGCACACUGCUUCAAGAGGUCGGCUUUGAAGUCGUCGAUGUACAUCGUCUGGCACGGUAGCAUCCUCUACGCUCUUUAUAAGGCCACCACUUACGCCGACACGUUCCUCAACGCGUCCACACUGUCCACGCUCUUCCAGCGCGCAGUCCCUCCCGUGGCAGCUGGCUGUGCGCGUUUCGCUCUGUGGUCGGUGUACGGCUUCUGGGCUGGCCUGUUUGGCACGGGCAUCUGGGUCAUCGGACACGAAGCAGGGCACCAGGCCUUCUCCGAGUCCAAGACGAUCAACAACACCGUCGGAUGGAUCCUCCACUCUGCACUCGGUGUACCGUACCACGCCUGGCGUAUCACCCAUGCUAAGCAUCACGCCUCCACUGGACAUAUGACCCAGGACCAGGUCUGGGUCCCCAAGACACGCUCGAACAGGCGUUUGCCUGCCUUCAACCCGGAGAAAGAAGACCGGCUCGGUGCCCGCGCCGCCUCGGAGGAAGUGCGCAAGGAGUUCUUGGAAGCGAUUGGGGACUCACCCAUCGGUGCUGCUAUCGGUGUCGCCACAUAUCUCCUGCUUGGAUGGCCGAUGUACAUCAUCCGAAACGCGUCUGGCCAGCGCCGUUACCCGAAAAUCACGACUCACUUCAACCCGAAAGCGAUCAUGUUUGCUCCCCACCAGUACACGGAUAUCGUUGUUUCGGAUAUCGGAGUUCUUCUCUGGGUCGCUGGGCUCUUCUUCGCGACGCGUGCCUAUGGUUUCGGGACUGUCAUGCGCGUCUACGGUGUCCCCUACCUGUGGGUUAACCACUGGCUUGUUUUGAUCACCUUCCUCCAGCACACCGACCCUCUCCUCCCGCACUACCGGGCGCCCCAGUUCACGUUCCCGCGUGGUGCAUUGGCAACGCUUGACCGCAACUUGUUGGGUGACUUGGGUUCAGUCGCAGCUUGGAUCGGAGCUCAUGCCACAUGCGGUAUCUCGGAGACCCACGUUUUGCACCACAUCUCAAGCAAGAUCCCGCACUACAACGCAUGGGAGGCCGCAGCUGCGCUGAAAGCCAAGGUUCUCGAGCCAGCGGGUAUCAAGACGAGUGGCGGCGCUGGCGGUUGGGCAGAGAUGUAUCGAGUAUACCGGGAAUGCAAGUUCGUCGAGGACGACGGGGACGUUGUGUUCUACAAGAACGUUAGAGGAGUUGCUCAGAUGCGCCCCGUUUUCUCUGCGGGAUCAGGUGCUAGCAGUGACUCCGGUAUCGAUGUUUCUGACAAGUAGAGGGAGCUAUGUAGUCUUUCCUAGAUGUCUUUUCUCUUCACGGUACAUAGAUGUCCUUGUCUGGUUUCGAAUGUCAUUCAGCAAAGGGCGAUUAC